GCUGAGGGUGGAGGCCCAAAAGGGGAGCGUCUUGGGCUGAGAGGAGUGGAAAUUCUGCAGGAAUGUUUACCAGACCCUGAGAGAGUCCAGGGGGACAGCGCCCAUUCUCCUAACUCACCAGCCCAGGAUCGGCCCUCAGCCACCAUCAGCCACAAAGAUCUUACAAAGGUCCUCCACCUCCCCAGCCUCUCUCCAAGGCGCCAAGGCCCCUUUAAGACGAGGCCGAUCCAAUACUCUUCUCUUUUAGUUAACCCCUCCGAGUCCCAGUGGCCCCUGGGCUGGGGCCCUAGUGGGCGGAGGCAGAGGGGGAGCCAGGGGCGGGGAAAGAAGUCUGGGAGGGAGAGUAUGAGGCAGGGUAGCCGGGAAGACAGCUAACUGCGGAGGAGUAGAGCCAGCCGAGGGGCUCCCGCUGUGCCAGGCGGGCAGUGCCAAAUCCCAGGAGCCCAGAGCUGGGGGGAGGGCCGGGGACAACCCGGCCCUGCCCCCUUCCCGAGAGAGGUGCCCAUCAACUUCGGAAGAAAGUUUGGCAUCGACUGCAGUAGUGGUGUCCUGAGGAUGGGCAGGGUCCCGCUGGCCUGGUGCUUGGCGCUAUGGUGCUGGGGGUGUGCGGCUCCUAAGGACACACAGGCUGAGGCUGACAGCCCAUUUGUGGGGAACCCAGGGAAUAUCACCGGUGCCAGAGGACUCACAGGAACCCUUCGGUGUGAGCUCCAGGUUCAGGGAGAACCUCCUGAGGUGUUGUGGCUUCGAGAUGGACAGAUCUUAGAACUGGCUGAUAACACCCAGACCCAGGUGCCUCUGGGUGAAGACUGGCGAGAUGAAUGGAAAGUCGUCAGUCAGCUCAGAAUCUCAUCCCUGCAACUUGCAGAUGCAGGAGAGUACCAGUGUAUGGUGUACCUGGAAGGACGGACCUUCAUGUCUCAGCCUGGCUAUGUAGGGCUGGAAGGUCUCCCAUACUUCCUGGAGGAGCCUGAGGACAAAGCUGUGCCGGCCAAUACCCCCUUCAACCUAAGCUGCCAGGCGCAGGGACCCCCUGAACCCGUGGACCUACUCUGGCUUCAAGAUGCUGUUCCCCUUUUCCCCACCCCAGGCCACAGCUCUCAAAACAGUCUGCAAGCUCCAGGCCUGAACAAGACAUCUUCUUUCUCCUGUGAAGCCCACAAUGCCAAGGGAGUCACCACAUCCCGCACAGCCACCAUCACAGUGCUCCCCCAGAGGCCUCACCAUCUCCAUGUGGUUUCCAGACAGCCCACGGAGCUGGAGGUAGCUUGGACCCCUGGCCUGAGUGGCAUCUACCCGCUUACCCACUGCAACCUGCAGGCUGUGUUGUCAGACGAUGGGGUGGGCGUCUGGCUGGGAGAGCCAGAUCCUCCAGAAGAGCCCCUUACCUUGCAAGUAUCUGUGCCCCCUCACCAGCUCCGGCUGGAAAAGCUCCUUCCUCACACCCCAUAUCACAUCCGGGUAUCCUGCACCAGCAGCCAGGGCCCUUCGCCCUGGACCCACUGGCUUCCUGUGGAGACCACGGAAGGAGUGCCCUUGGGUCCCCCCGAGAACGUUAGCGCCAUGCGGAAUGGGAGCCAGGCCCUCGUGCGUUGGCAGGAGCCAAGGGUGCCCCUGCAGGGCACCCUGUUAGGGUACCGGCUGGCAUAUCGAAGCCAGGACACCCCUGAGGUACUUAUGGACAUAGGACUAAAGCAAGAGGUGACCCUGGAACUUCGGGGGGACAGGCCUGUGGCUAACCUGACUGUGUCUGUGGCAGCCUAUACCUCUGCUGGGGAUGGGCCCUGGAGUCUUCCUGUGCCCCUGGAGCCCUGGCGGCCAGGGCAAGGACAGCCACUCCACCAUCUGGUGAGUGAACCCUCACCUCCUGCCUUCUCGUGGCCCUGGUGGUAUGUACUGCUGGGAGCAGUUGUGGCCGCUGCCUGUGUCCUCAUCUUGGCCCUGUUCCUUGUCCAUCGGAGGAAGAAGGAGACCCGCUAUGGGGAGGUAUUCGAGCCGACAAUGGAGAGAGGUGAACUGGUAGUCAGGUAUCGUGUCCGAAAGUCCUACAGUCGCCGGACCACCGAAGCCACCUUGAACAGCCUAGGCAUCAGUGAAGAGCUGAAGGAGAAACUACGAGAUGUCAUGGUAGAUCGGCAUAAGGUGGCCUUGGGGAAGACUCUGGGCGAAGGAGAGUUUGGAGCAGUGAUGGAGGGCCAGCUCAACCAGGAUGACUCCAUCCUCAAGGUUGCCGUAAAGACAAUGAAAAUUGCCAUCUGCACAAGAUCAGAGCUGGAGGAUUUCCUGAGUGAAGCUGUCUGCAUGAAGGAAUUCGACCACCCCAACGUCAUGAGGCUCAUUGGUGUCUGUUUCCAGGGUUCUGACCGAGAGGGUUUCCCAGAACCUGUGGUCAUCUUGCCUUUCAUGAAACAUGGAGACCUACACAGUUUUCUCCUGUAUUCCCGGCUCGGGGACCAGCCAGUGUUCCUGCCUACUCAGAUGCUGGUGAAGUUCAUGGCCGACAUUGCCAGUGGUAUGGAGUACCUAAGUACCAAGAGAUUCAUACACCGGGACCUGGCUGCUAGGAACUGCAUGCUGAAUGAGAACAUGUCCGUGUGUGUGGCAGACUUCGGACUCUCCAAGAAGAUCUACAAUGGGGACUACUACCGCCAAGGGCGCAUUGCCAAGAUGCCAGUCAAGUGGAUUGCCAUCGAGAGUCUGGCAGAUCGAGUCUACACCAGCAAGAGUGAUGUGUGGUCCUUCGGCGUGACAAUGUGGGAGAUCGCCACCCGAGGCCAAACUCCCUAUCCAGGAGUGGAGAACAGUGAGAUUUACGACUACCUACGCCAGGGAAAUCGCCUGAAACAGCCUGUGGACUGCCUGGAUGGCCUGUAUGCCCUGAUGUCUCGGUGCUGGGAGCUAAACCCACGGGACCGGCCAAGUUUUGCAGAGCUUCGGGAAGACCUGGAGAACACAUUGAAGGCUCUGCCCCCUGCUCAGGAGCCUGAUGAAAUCCUCUAUGUCAACAUGGAUGAGGGCACAAGCCACCUUGAACCCCGUGGUGCUGCUGGAGGAGCUGAUCCCCCGACCCACCCCGAUCCGAAGGAUUCCUGCAGCUGUCUCACUGCAGCUGAAGUCCACGCUGCUGGACGCUACGUCCUCUGUCCUUCUACAGUUCCUGGACCCAGUCUGUCGGCUGACAGAGGCUGCCCAGCACCCCCAGGGCAGGAGGACGGAGCCUGAGACAAUCUUCCACCUGGGAUGCCCUCUCAGGAUCCAAGCUUGGCACUGCCACUGGGGGGAACCUCACCCCCACUUUGCCACUCCUGGCCUUCUCCCCGACUGCAGCAUGAUCUUUCCUCCCUUCUCAAAUUCAGCACAGAAAGACUUGUCCUUCUUUCUGUGUCGUAAACAUCCUAUGCAUAAAAAGAAGGGUCGGGCUGCAGUCUCGAAGGAUCUUCUCAGAUCUGACAUCCCAACAUUCUGUAUUCUACGGUUUGAGUCUAGAUUUCAAGGUUCUAGAUCUCAAAGAUGAUAUGAGUCCUUGGGUCUAAGGAACCGAGACCCUGGUUUCUAAGUCUCAAGAGCUAUUGUUGUAGACAUGGCCCACUGUUCAAAGGCUCUGAGAUUCUGUGGCUCUAGAUUUUUCUGGUUCUAAAAUUCUUGGUGAUGCCCUUAUAGUUUUUGGUUGCACAGCUCUGAGAUUCCAGGAUCUAAGGCCUUGUGAUUCUAGACUUUAUUUUUCUGGAGCUCAGGGUCCUAUGAGUGGAAGCUUCUAGAUUUUAAAAUUCUACAGGUUCUAGGCAUGAAGGUUCUAAGGCAUACUGUUCUCAAAUUUAACAGCUCUUCAUGUUGCAAUACUCCAGAUCAUAAUGUUUCAAACAUUUAUUUUCUCAAUUUCUAAGAUUCCAGUGAUGGUCAUUUACAGCCUCUGAGGUGUUAUGAUCAUAAGUUCUUUUAUAUAAAACCCUCAUCUCAAGGGAAUAAGAUUCUAGAAUCUGAAAUUCAAAAGCUUUAAGAGUCUCCAGACUGAGUUUCUAAGCUAUGAUGUGAUGAUAAUCUAAAAUUUGGUCUGAGGUUCUAGAUUCUCUAAGAUUCUACAUCAUAUGCCCCAAAUUACAGAUUGUUAAAUUUUAAUGUUGGCCUGCUCUUGAUCUCAGGCACUGUAAGAUACUGUGGGUCCAAGACUCGGGGUCCUAAGAGGCUCACAGUUAAUUGUGACUAACUAGACACCAAAGUUCUAACCAUUUCUAAUGCUGGACACCUCUGAGUUCUGUGCUGCUUCCUGCCUUUCUAGCACUUAAUUAAAGACCCGAGAAUACAUGUUUCUAAAAAUAUUAAAGCUCUAAGCACUGUAACUUAGGAAUCCAGUGUUCUGAGAUUUGAAAGGUCCACAGGUCUAGAAUAUUAGGUACGAUUCCAAGGUUGGGACCUUGUAGCAUUCUUCUGUAAGCCUUUCCCUCCUUAGCCACCUAUGCUUCCUCUUCUCAGGUGGGGUGUACCCCACCUCAAGCCUGUGCAAUGCAUUGGGAAUGCCUUUCCUCCAAGGGAGGGACCUUCCUCCCCUCCUAAUGGGCCAUGUUGCCCCUUGAGCCAGUCCCUUAUCCCUGUGUGAAGUGUGGGCUCUGGUGCCUCCAGAGAGGCUCAAAUCACAUAAAAUGUUUGUCAAUCACUG